CACUUAUCUCGCGAAUAUUGAUAGUUGGUAGGGAAAAAAGUUUUGAGAAUUCUUAUUUAAAUUCAAGGAGGAAAUAGAAAAAAAAUCAAUAAUAGAUAAAACAAAAAUAAAAUAAAUAGUAUAAUAAAUAAAAAUAAAAACAAAAUUUAUGGAAUAAAUUUCAAACCAAAGUAUUCCUGCUAUCUGUAUAUAUUGUAUGGUAAUAUAUUUUCAUUCACACGUUACAAAAUGAAAAAAGUAAUCAGUUUGAUAUCGACACUCGCUUGGCUUGCCACAACGUUGUUAUACAGCAGUGCCUCCAACGGGGAUCUCUCUCAGGUCUUCUUGAGCUGCAGAGAUGAAUGCUACUCACGCAACUGCUCAACUCCAGAAAAGCAAAAAAAGUUUUAUAAUAAGCAUCCACUUAUUUUGAAGUUAACGAUGUGGGAUUGUCUUGAUGAGUGUGAGCACCAGUGCAUCUGGCCCACUGUUGAUGUCUUCAGAGAGGAACAUGACAUUGUGCCAAAAUUUUAUGGAAAGUGGCCUUUUAUAAGGAUUCUUGGAUCGCAAGAGAUUGCCUCCUCCAUAGCAUCACUGCUGAACUUGUGCUCACACAUCUACAUGAUUAGAAUAUUCAGGAAACAAGUCAGAUCGAGCUCAGCAAUGUACUACCUAUGGAAUGUUACAACUCUUGUAGGCAUAAACACAUGGUUCUGGUCCUUCCUCUUCCACAUGCGAGAUACACCAUUCACUGAGAAAAUGGAUUAUUUUUGUGCUGUCAGUGCAGUCAUGUACAACCUCUACAUAUUCAUCCACAGAACGACACUGGGCAACAGGGCACUCCAUCUGUCAGUUGGCUCCACCAUGCUCCUCUUCUUCACAUAUCAUGUUUACUAUCUAUCGUUCGUCAGGUUUGACUACGGUUACAACAUGAGAGUCAAUGUUGCCAUAGGUCUAGCAAAUGCCUUAGGAUGGAUAACAUGGAGCCUAAAAGUUCGCAGACAGCAGCCGUAUGCAACAAGAUGUGCGAUCAGUAUCGUCAUCACCCUUCUCUUCAUGCUCCUGGAAAUUUGGGAUUUUCCACCUAUACUUGGAAUUUUUGAUGCACAUUCUUUGUGGCACUUCGGCACCGCUCCUAUCGCUUUGCUCUGGUACAGGUUUGGCAUAGAAGAUUGCCUGUAUCUUAAAAAAAUGCAAUUCUACAAAACGUAAAAUCAACUAAUAUCUGCAUAACCACCGGUCAGCUGUGGAGAAUGUUUGCUUCCAAAUCACUUAUUUUUGCUUAACGAGCAUCUGCAUACUAUUAUUGAUCUUUUAAAAGUAGCAAUGAAUUAAAUUAUUUCGCUUUCUGCUGAUAUAUGUUCUAACACCAAAUGCUGAUAACAUUUAAGUUUUCAAUUUCAUUCUCAACUUCUGUCUGUACUAUUUUUUUAACAUAUUUUCAUUUUUGUUAACCAACCUCAAUUCCAGUUGUUUUAAAAAUUAUUUUUGUUAAUUUUUUUUACACCGAUUUCUAAGCACCGUUUAGUAGUUAAUUAAUGUCUGUUUCUACUGGAACGUAUUAUAUUAGAAAACCUACACGCGUCUUUCGUAACGGGAUGAACUCAUGUACCAUUGAUCAGGUGUAUCAUUUCAAUAAAUUAACGAGUUAGUUUAAUCCUGUAAAUUCUUAUCGAUCGAUUGUUAGUUAUUUUAUUUGCAAUGUUUAUUUAAGUCGCAAAACUAUCAUGACGUUAGGCAUCCUUGUUUCUGUUUGGGUAUGAAAGCGCAUCAGUUGCAUGUUGAGUGUCCAAUAUUAUAUUAGGCUACCUUACCACUGAGAAGUUUCUCGGUAAAUAAGGCUCAUUAUGAUAUACCUAUUAUGUUGUAUUUCUCGAUUAUUUUACACUUCUAAUGCCGUUUACUUUAUUAAUUAAUUAAUUAAUGAAAUGUUCAGUUGAUGUUUUGAAAUGCAAAUAAGACAAGAAAGAACAGACAGC